AUGGCAUUGGCGGAAUUCACUUUCCGAUAUGUACCCCAGCAGGCCGUUAAGGGGCAAGCUUUGGCCGAUUUCUUGGCGGCCCACCCUUGUGUUGAAAUAGAGGAGAUGGAUUUCCUCGAGGUGGGCACAUUGAGUUUAUUUCCAUGGCGCCUUUAUUUUGACGGGUCUCGAACAUUUAACAUGGGCGGGGCAGGUGUCAUCAUUGAAACGCCCAAAGGAUUCCGAACUCGUUACUCUUUUCAAUUGGACUUUGAUUGUACCAACAAUCAGGCCGAAUAUGGCCCUAAUCAUAGGGUUGGAAAUUUUGAAAGAGCUUGGGGUAAAAAGUGUGGCGGUCAUGGGAGACUCAAUGCUAGUCUUAAAACAAUUGUCUGGCGAGUACAAGGUGACUAG